CUCAUUAAUCCUUAGUUGUGCAUCCAAGUAUUUAUAAGCUGGACGGAUUCGCUGCUGUGACCAAGCCAAGCUUUCUCUCUUUCGCCGUGACGCCCUGUUAGUAUUCCUUCAACCAGAGUCUCUUGCCUUUGGUUAACUCUUUCUGAGCGCGCUAGCAGCGCGCGGCCAGGGUAGUCAGCGAGCAACCGGUCGUCGACAACUUGGGCUGACGCGUCCGGCAGUCGCCCCGCGGAGCGUGCCUUGCCAAAAUGACUGCGCCAGCCAGCGGCGCGGGCUCAGGGGGCCUCAGCUUUGAUGAUGCACUAAGUCGCUACGUUGGCGAGUUCGGGAGAGCUCAGAUUCGCCUGCACUGCAUUGCAUCCAUCUUCUGGAUUGGCAACGCCCUGCUCAUCUUGCUCAUGGUCUUCCACGUCUCGCCCUCGCCCAUCAAGAUGCACUGGUGGGCCUGCAGCGACCCCGCCGACGAGCACUGCGCGGCGGUGUUCGCACUCGCCGACCCCAGCAAGGAGUUCUGCACCCUCUCCCGCGACGCCUGGUCCUGGACGCACUCGCGCUGGUCCGUAAUCAGCCAGUUCAACCUGGUGUGUGGGUCGGCCUGGAAGAGCCAGCUGGCCAACGCGGGCUUCUUCAUGGGCUAUCUCAUCGGCAGCGGAGUAUUCGGCGGCGUCUCCGACAGCCGCGGCCGCAAGCCGGUGCUGUUUGGCUGCACCGCCUUUGGCGCGGCCUGCACGGUGGGCGUGGGCCUAGCGCCCAACUACGUGGUCUACUUCAUCAUGCGCCUGCUGACCGGCAUCGGCGCGGCGGGCCAGGCGCUGACCGCAUACAUCCUGGCCACUGAGUCGGUGGGGCCGGCCUGGCGCGGCACCGCGGGCGUCACCACGCAGUGCGUAUUCAUCUUCGGCGAGUUCGUGCUGGUGCUCAUUGCCUACGUGGCGCGGCCUUGGCGCGUGCUGUCCUUCACCGUGGCCGUGGUUAACGCGGCGCAGCUGCUGCUGUGGCCGUUCCUGCCCGAGUCGCCGCGCUGGCUGCUGGUGCGCGGGCGGGUGGAGGAGGCGACCGCCGUCCUGGCCAAGAUAGCCGCCGGCAACGGCCGGGCCAUGCCGUCGGAGCCGCUCGCCUCGGCGGCCCAUAGCGGCGAUAGUGGAACUGCCGUGGCCGCAGCGGCGGAGGAGGGGACCUCGCUGAUGGCCGCGCACGCGGAGGCCUUGGCCGCCGGCAAGCACGACAGCGGCAUUGCGACCACCAGCAGCGCCAGCAGCGGCACCACCACGGCAGCGGCAGGCGCAGGCUCGAGCUCGGGCGGCGAGGCGGGGCAUGAGAAGCCGCUGGGCCUGACGGCGAUGCUGCUGAGCGACCGGCACAUGCUGCGGCGCUUCCUGGUGCUGGCGUACGUGUGGAUGGUGGUGUGCAUGACCUACUACGGCAUCUCGCUGGCGCUCAGCGGCCUGCCGGGAUCCAUCUACGUGUCGUUCAUGAUCGCCGCCGCUGCCGAGCUGCCCGCGAACCUGGUGGCGGCGUGGGCCAUCGACCGCUUCGGCCGCCACAACACCAUGGCCUGGGGCAUGCUGCUGGGCGGCGCCGCCUGCCUGGCCUGCGCCUUCGUGCCGGCCGGCCCCGCGUCGUCGGCGUUUGCGGCGCUGGGCAAGUUCGGAUGCGCGGGCGCCUUCACUAUCGCCUCCAUCUUCACCAGCGAGAUGUUCCCCACACUGGUUCGUAGCGCGGUGCUGGGCGCGGAGAACGAGGCGGCGCGUGUGGGCGGCAUAGCGGCGCCGUUUAUUGUGUUGGUGGGCGUCAGUACUGGCCAGGGCGCCAUGCCCUUCAUCAUCUUCGGCAUCGCCUCGCUUGUGGCGGGCGCCGCCAUCUUCACGCUGCCGGAGACGCUGGGCACGCGCCUGCCCGACACCAUGCAGGACAUGGGCGGCAUCCAGUCCAUCUUCACCACCCAGCCCUGGCGCGCCGGCGGCUGGCGCCAGACCCUGCGCGAGAUGUUCCGCGCGCGCGGCGGUCCUGGCACCGUCAACCGCGCCUCGCCGCACGCCGCGCCCGCCAAGGGCAAGACGCCCUCGGGCUUCAACAUCACUGCUGCCAUGGCCACCGCUGACGGUAGCGCGCGCGGCGGCGCGCCCUCGAACGCUUCUGUGCACGCGGUGGCGGGGGGCAGCAGCAGCGGCCUGACCUCCGCGCACGGCGCCGGCGGGGGUGGCAACGGCUCAGUGGAGAUCGGGCAGGUGUCGUACGGCGGGUACGGGCCCGUACACGAUGACGACCCCCACGAUGGGCACCACACGACCGGCGGGAAUGGCGGGCUGCUGCACUCGGCGACGGCUUACUCGGACGCGCACUUCGGCGGUGCCAGCGGCGGUGGUGGUGCGGCGGCGGGGGCGGGCGUCAUGCACAGCCGAAGCGACGGCGUGCACCUCGCGAACGGCCGCCACCAGCCAGCGACACGUUUCUAAGCAAAGGAGGGGCACUUGCACGCGGUCCAUUUUUAGAUAGAAGAAGAAUCGGAACGUGAACACGUACUAUUACCGUGCUUAUUGUGACGGCCUAUGGCCUGUGGCAUUCAAGGGGUGCACAGCCGAACGAAUGGGAUGCGCGGGGUGUAGACCACCGUGCGGCAAUGCCACUUGUGUGAGCCGCAUAGUGCCAUGCAGGCUGCACAUUGGGACUCCUUUGUGGCGCUUGCACGUGUGUCAGGGUGAUGCUUCCACGCGAUGUGAGAGGAACGUGGGCGGGGGUGGCGAAUGGGCUGGGACAUUCAUGUCGGGAUGGAGCGGGAGCAGCGGUGCGCCUUGCCGCGAUGUUACUGGGGCAUGAACGGGUAUGGCAACAGGCAUGGGCAGCAGGAAUCACAGUCAAAUGGUGUGCGCGUGUGUGUGUGUGUGUGUGUGUGUGUGUUAAAGAGCACAAGGAAAACGUAUGUGUGUGUUAAUGAGCACAAGGAUGACGUGUGUGUGUGUGUGUGUGUGUGUGUGCAGUGCGCACUGAGCAGUGCGUGUGGCCGGUAGUGUGCGAUGCAUGUGAGAUCCUUUUUGUACGCAUUGCAUGCACGCUAUGCGGGAUGUCGCGACCAGGUCGGCAUGGUGUGAGCGUAUAUAUUCUUCAAGGAACCCAGCGUUUUGCCAGGCAGGUGCUUGAGAUGCUGAGUCCGUUCUGCGAGUGCUAGUAUGUGUAGCAACGGCAGUACGGUACACAGGAGUGCGGUGCGCCAUGGCUUCUGGCUGACGCCACGUCCACAUUGAGGCGUGCGGACACAUGAGCGGGAAGAAGCACGCCGGCGUGCGGCCGGCAUAUCAGAGAUAUUACAAUCAGUGUGUUUAUCAGGAGCACUGGAACAAAGAGUGCCGCCGUUUGUGUGGCGGGGACAUGGCAAGCGGCUUUCUUAGCACUGUGAGUGCGGGACUGCCGAAAGACCAAAGACCAUUACGCUGUGUGUGGCUGUGAGCGAUGCCAGGUGGAUUUCGCGAAGUUGCAAUGACUAAACAUGUCUCUGCA